GAAAGUCAAAGAAGUUUUUAAGGAGGAGCAGCAGAAACUUUACAGCAAGGUUUUAGUGGGCAGCAGCGAAGACCGCAGUCGCUCUUGAGGGGAUGCAGCGGUCUACUUCACUUUACACAUGCUGCUUGGUGCUGACGGUCCACCACCAUGGGGGUUUGGUAUCUGCGGAGGAAGAGACUUCGAGAAGACCCUGGCUGUCUCAAAGGUUUAUGAAGAUAGCCGGGCAGGUGUUGCUGGACUGCAGGUGGGAGACAUCAUUUUGGAGAUUAAUGGUCAGGAUACUGGAGCCAUGUUGAAUAUGGAGGCUCGGAGUAAAAUUAAGACCUCUAAACAUCAGCUGUUGCUUCUAAUUGAAAGACCUGCAAAAACAGACGUCAUACAGCAACACCGUGUUCAAAGACUUCCUGUUAAUUCGGAGCCCUCGGUCCGGCCAAAGCAAACCCGUGAGUCCGGACAGGGCCAGUCCGAGAGGUCAGUGCACCAGAACCACACUGAGAAGAUUUCAACAACAUCACACAUGUUUCUCAUUGUUCAUGUGUUCAGCAGCUCUCACAGCUUCAGAGCCCCACAGGAGAGAAACAGGCCAGAGCAGCUGAAGCAACACAAUAAGGAGUCCACCGCAGGAUGUAACUCUGAAUCUGAUUGUAUCCAAACAGUCUCAUGUGAAUCACAGACUACCACGAAAAAGGUGAGUUUUAAUUAUCCAGUGUGGAGCUACGGCCCAGUCGAUCCUGAAGAUCUGAUGAGAAUCAAGAGAAGGCAAGUUCAACCUCAGCAGCCCAGACAGUCCAACACUUUCAGAAUACUACAGGAGGGACUAGCACGAACAUCGCUGCCACCUGGAGCGGUCCAGCGGAGUCAAAGGUUUCGUUCUUGUGAGAGAUGCGGUUACAUCAUUGUGACUCAGGUGGUGAAGAUCAGAGAGAGACGCUACAGACACGUGGAGUGCUAUACCUGCAGGGACUGUGGCUUUAGUCUCAUGGAGCGAGGACAUUUCUGUGUGGAUGACGAGCUGUACUGUGGGAAAUGCCAGACAGCCAAAAGGGAAAAUAAAUAAAAUCAUAUGUUUCUAGACAUUUAGGAAACAUGUCAUGUUAGUGUGCCGAUUCCUGGACAGAAUUGCGGUACCCUUUUCAACCGUUAGCUGGUGACAUUACAUAAUGCACUAUUCAUGUGUAUUAAACACUCACAGCUUCAUGUUAUGUUUACUUAGUUUAUCUGAAAAAUAAUGCUAUAGCAAGUGUUGGAGUUGUGUACGUGUCCAUCGGGUGCCAGGCUUUGUCAGCCUGGUGAGAACGGAAUGUUAGAGUUGAAUGUUGACAGUUAUGCACCUGUGGCCCUUUUAGUUUCACUUGGAUUCUUGGUCAUAACAUGGCCUCCG